CCUAGCCAACACCUAGGCUGCAGGAACCAUUGUUAGUACCAGUCUAGAUGCCACUGGUGCCACGCGAAGCUGCAAUAGGGGAUAUCAGAGGCGACUAUGACACAUGGAUUCGUUGAGAUUCUGACUGAAUAGUGCACGCUGGUGCUCUCGCGAAGCGAAUUCACCGAUCGUUACGGUGUGAUUGGGUGAUAUGGUUGUCGGCUAAGGAUGGAUCGGAGGGAGCUCAUGACGGCUGGGAAGAAGCGGCUGGAAGAGUAUCGAAAGAAGCAACAAGCGAAAUCGGGAGGAAGCUCUAAAGGAGGACAGCAAGAUAAGGCCAAGAUGCCAUCAACGGCCCCCACGACUCCACAGGGCUCCUCCAAUCAGAGCGCAUCCUCUGGCCCAGCAGCAGCCCGGAGGCAAUCCCAAGGCCAGGCGUCGGGCAGCAGUAGCGACCUCCCCCAGCUGGGCCUGAGCGUGCAGAUCCAAGCCCGAGAAUCGUUCCAGAGCCAGCCAAGAGAGUCCACGGCGUCAGCAGAGUCAGGAUCAACGGCUGUGGGGAGGACGAUCAGCAGCAGCAGUGCUGGCGGGGAUGGGGAUUUCAUGACGCCCACUGGCGGCACGCCGUCCAGUGCCACCAGCUCCGACUCGUCCUCUGGAGGCUUCCUGCGGCCGUUCACUGCUGGCCCUCGGGAGUUCCGCACCAUCGCCCAGGGGAUUCUCAAUAAGGGCUCGGGAGCUCAAGGGGCGGCAGCGCAUGGGGAGGGAGUCCGAGGGGAGGGCGCAGACGGGAUGCGGAGACCGUCUACUGCACAUCCCCAUGAGCCGCACGAGAGGGAGCAGGAAGCAGCCUCUCCCAGUCACGCAACUCGCCCCACAACCGCCCCCCUCUCCCGAAGCCCUUCCACCUCCUCCCUCUCCUCCCUCACCUCCGCCGUCCCCUGGUCGUCCAACGGCGCCCUAGACGGCUCCUUUGCUGCUGGCGUGAGGCGGUUCUCCCUCGAGACGAACAGUGACGAUGGGUCGCUGUCAGAGCGGGGGUCAGUGGUAACCAUGUCAAGGGAGAAGUAUGUGGAGAGGCUCGAGCUGAAAGUAGUGGAGCUGAAGAGGAGGUUAUCGGCUGUAUCUAAGGCUGCAGCGUACGGUGCUGGCAAUGGUGUGGGUGGUGAUACGGGGAGGAAGUCCAGGAGCGUUGACGCCAGAUUCGUUGACUUGAUGGAGCGGCAUUCAGCGGAGGUUGCUGAGCUAAGAGAGAUACUUAAGGAGAAGGAGGAGCGGCUGGUGUUCCUGGAGAGGGACAGGGAGGAGGUGAUGGAGCGAGUGACAGCGCAGGUUCAGGCGGAGAAAAAGGCAGAGACGGAACGCCUGGCCAGAAUGAAGGCCGAAAUGGAAGCUGCUGCGGAACAACUAAAACGGCAGGUUGCCUCGGCUAUGGGAAGAUGGAAGGGGUUGGAGGAGGAGAAGGGGCGGCUGGCUGACCAGCUGCUUGAAAAGGAGGUGGUUAUAGAAGGGGAGAGGGAGCGCAAUGCGAGGCUGGGCGAGGAGAUGGCGGUGGUUCGGGGGCAGUAUGAGACGAUGAUGGAGACGGUGGCGGCGCUGCAGGAGGAGAGGGGCCGGCAGGUGAACCUAAGCGGGGAGCAGAGGGAGCUGCUGGAGGAGGAGUUGGUGCAGCUGCAGGAGCUGCUGGCCCGGUCUAGAGACGAGGAGGAGAGGCUCAGGGCCAAGCUGCAGGGCGACGAGCAGCAGUGGCGGCAGCAGCUGCGGGACUCAGCAGCCGCCCUCGCAGCUAAGGAAGAGGAAUCUAGGGUUUUACUAGAGCGGAUGGAAGAGGGGGAGAGGGAGCGGGAGAGGCUGAGGGCGGAGGCGGAUGCUGCUAGGCUCGAGGCGGGGAAUGCGACUGAGAGGCUGGCUGCUACGAAGGAGAAGCUGGGCGUGGCGAUUAGGAAGGGAAAGGAGGUGGUGCAGCAGAGAGAGGCGCUCAAGGGGUCCCUGGCUGAGGAAACGGCUGUGCUGGAAAAGCUAAGGCUGGAGCUGGAGGGUGAGAGAAAGGGGAGGAGGGAGGCGUUAGCGAGUGUGGAGGCGAAGGAAGGGGAGGUGAGAGAGGGGAGGAGGAGGGUGGGGGAGCUGGAGGCGGAGUUGGAGGAGGGGAGGAGGAGGAUGGCGGAAUUGGAAGCGGCCGUUGCUGCAGCAGAGGUGAGCGCGGCAGCAAAGGCGGAGGAAGGGGGGGAGAAGGUCAGGGAGAUGGAGGAGAGGGCGAGGGAGGCUGAAGAAAGGGUAAGGGCUGCUGAGGAGGAGGUAAGGGCAGCUGGGGAGGAAGUUGCAGAGCUGAAGAGACAGGUGGCGGAUGGGAGGGAGCGCGCUGUGGAGUUGCUAGGGCAGGUGGCCGAGAGGGAUGCGCUGCUGGCUAGGAGAGGGGAGGAGAUGAGAGAGGCCGAGGGACGGGCGAGGGAGAUGGAGAUUAGGGUGGAGGAAGUGAGGGAGGCGGGGAGGAGGGAAGUGGAGAGGGAGGAACAGGUGUGGGAGGGUAGGGUUCAAGAGGAGAGGAGCAAGGCGGAGGAUGCUGCAAAGGAGGUAGAGAGUGCUUCAAAAGAGGUGGAGCGGUUGCAGGAGAGCGUUGCAGAGACGGAGGGGCAGCUGGCCGCCCUGCAAGCCGAAGUUGCAGCAGCAAGAGGGGAGGUUGCUGAGAAGGAGGGCGUGGUUUCGGGGUUGGAGGUGAGCCUGAGUGGGGAGAGGGAGCGAGUGAGGCAGCUAGAGGAGAUGCUUGAGACGCUAAGGACGGAGAUUCAGGAGGUGCGGAAGGCAGGGGAAAGCUCAGGUGAGAAGGAGGAGCAGCAGAAGGAGGCGAUUGAGCAGGCGGUUCAGUCUGCUGUCUCUGCUGCUGUUGCUGCUGCAGAAGCAGAGGCAAGGGAGCGCGAGAGUGCGUUGUCUCGAGCGCUGGAGUCCCUUCAAGCACAGAAAGAGGUGCUAGUGGAAGCAGUGGAGGAAGAGAGAGCGACGAGUAAACAGGCAGAAGAGGCCAGGAGGAGAGCUGAAGAAGAGAAGAGAGGUGUGGAGGAGAAGAAGAGAGAGGUGGAGGAGGAGAAGAGGGAGAUGGAAGUCAGAGUGAAGAAUUUGGAGGGGAAGGUAGCUGAGAUGGAUUCGCAGGUGAAGGGCUGGGAGGAGCAAGUGGAGGGGCUUCAAACGGAUCUGAGAGAGGCUGAGGGACGAGCUAAGGACGCUGAGGAAAGGGUUAUGGAGGCUGAGAGGAGGGUGAAGGAGGAAGAGGCCAAAUCGAGUGAGCUAUUGCAGAAGAUGGAAGAGGCGAGGAGGAGAGAGAGUGAGGUGAAUGAGGGGAGGAGUGGUGGGAGUGAGGUAGAAGCGUGGAGGGCGGAGUGGAAGGCGGAAGAGGGGCUGCUGCUGCAGCGGCAGGCUGAGAUCGAGGGGCUUCUGGUGGCUAAGGGGCGAGAGUUCCUGGAGCUGAAGAGUGAGUGGGAGAGGGAGAGGGACGGGUGGGCAAUGGAGAGGGGCGAAUGGGAGAGGAAGGAAACUGAGUGGGCGACUGAAAAGGAGGAGUUGCUGGGGAGGUUGCAGGGGGAGCGGGAGAAGUGGGAGGAGGAGCAGGGGAGGCUUGAGGAAAGCGAGGGGCAGCUUCAGCAGCAGGUGGAGGCGGAGAGGAGGAAAGUGGUGGCAUUGCGAGAGGAGAGGGAGGAGCUUCGGAAGAGGGUGGGAGGCUUGGAAGAUGAAGUGGGGCAACUGCAACAGCAGGUGGGCGGGUUGGAGGAGGAAAGGGGGGAGCUUCGAGGGAGGGUGGGAGGCCUGGAAGAUGAAGUGGGGCAGCUGCAGCAACAGGUGGAGACGGAGAGGAGGAUGGUGCAGGAGGCGAGUGGCAGUGCGGAGGAGGAGGAGAGGAGGUGUGGGGAGAUGCUGUGUGAGCUGCAGAGUGCGGUGGAGGGGAGGGAGGAGGAGAGAGGGAAGGCGGUGGGCCUGAGAGAGGAGAAGGAGCAGCUGCAGAGUCAGGUGGAGGAGGUCGAGAAGGAGAAGGAAAGGCUUCAGAGCAAGGUGGCCGGCUUGGUGGAGGAGAAGGAGCAGCUGCAGAGUCAGGUGGGAGGGUUGGAGGAGGAGAAGGAAAAACUGCAGAGGAAGGUGGUGGAAGGGGAGGAGGAGAGAGAAGAGCUUACGAGGAAGGUGGAAGAGUUGGAGGGGGAAGUGGGGCAGCUGCAGCAGAGGCUGCAGGCAGCAGAGCGGAAGGAAGUGGUCACUCUGGCCAAGGUAGUUGCCAGCGAGUCAGCCACGGAAGAAGCAACCAAGCAGCUUCAGUCAGCUCAAGCCGCCCUCGAGGCUAAGCAAGCCGAGCUGACCUCUCUCCAGCAGCAAGCAGAGGAACUCGAAGAAACCCUAGAGCAGCGCGAGACCGAGCUCGAAACCCUAAAAACCGACAUCUCGGCACGAGAGAUGAUCUGGCGGGCGUCGCAAGACGCAGAGGCGCAAGCAUCAGAGGAUGCUAUAGCAGUGGAGGCCGCUGCAGCAAGGGAGAUGGCGGAGCGAGAGAGGGACCAGGUGAAGGAGGAAGCUGAGGCGGAAGCAGCGGCUCUGAGGAAGGUUCUGGGAAUGCGGGAGUCGCAGCUGGAGAAGCUGCAGGCUCGGGUGGCCGAGGCUGAGGAGGCGGUUCAGGAGACGGAGGAGGUUCGGGCGGAGCUGGCGCAGGCUCGGGCUGAGCUGGAGGAGGUUCGGGAGGAACUUGCCAACGCUCGUGGGGAGGUGGUUAGGGUUAGGGAUGAGAUGGCGGGAGAGAUGGAGGGAGUGAGGGAGAGAUUGGUGGGGGCAGAGGAGGAGGUGGAGAAGCUUAGGGCUGCCUUGGAGGGGUAUAGGGAGGAGGUGGAGGAGAGAGAGAGGAAGGUGAGUGAGUGUGAGAGGCGGCUGGAGGCGAGUGAGAAAGAGAGGAGGGCGGUGCUCGAGAGGAUGGACUCGCUGCUUGGGGAGCUGAUGGAGAAGAGUGAGGAGAGUGAGAAGGUGAGAGAGGAGGGUGAGAGGAUGAGGGAGGAGGCGAGUAGAUUGAGGGAAGAGGUGAAGGGACUUGAGGAAGAGAUAAGUGCGCUGAAAGGAAAGGCUUUAAGGGGACGUCAAGCUGGAAUGGGCGAGGGCAGCAAGGAGAGUGAAAGCGCAGGGGCUGGUGCAGAGAGGGAUCGACUGGAGGAGCAGAUAGAAAGGCUUAUAAAGGAGGUAGAGCAGAAGGAAGCCUUGCUGAAGUCUGCUGAAGCUGCGAGGGCGGCUGCAACAGCAGAAAAGACGGCAGCAGAGGCAGCCAGGGCAGCAGCUGAGGUGAAGAACGCGAACUUAGUGAAAAAGGCGAAGGAGAGGAUAGAGGGCAUGAAGCAGAAGGCGGCGUCUGAAGCCCAGGCGGCUGCAGACGCGAGAGCUGAGGUCGAGCGACUGAAAGGGCUUAUGGAGGGAGGAGGGGGAGGAGGAGGGGGAGAAGGAGGGGCAGAGGUGAAGGCGCCGGGUGGUGAGGACGCGGCUGAGAUAGAGAGGCUUCAUGCGAAGGUGUCCCUCCUGGAAGCGCAGCUUUCUCAGGUGAAGGCGGGGAGUGAAGCAGCAGCAGAGGUUGAAGUAGCAGCAAGGGGGCUAUCAGAAGCAGCAGCAGGUGCGGUAUCAGGAGCAGCAGGGGCGGCAUCAGGAGCAGCAGUGGCAGCGGAUGCAGAGCAGCUGAGAGAAUCCUUGAGGCAGGCGCAGGAGCAGGUGGGCGCGGUGAGGGAGAAGCUGAGCAAGGCGGUGCGCAAGGGCAAGGCGAUUGAGCAGCAGAAGCUGAAGCUGGACGCCGAUCUCGCUGCUGCCAGGGCGGAGAUAGACACCCUCAAGGGGAACGCAGGGGCAGGAGCACGCGCAGGUGCAGGGGCAGGGACAGUUGGGGGUGCGGGGGCGGAGGCAGGGGUAAAGGCAGGGGCAGGGGCAGUGGCAGUGGUAGCAGCAGGGGCGGGUGUGGCAGCGGGAGAGCAGAUAGAAGAGCUGAGAAGGUUGUUGGCUGAGGCAGAAGAGGCGAGGAGCAAGGAGGGCGAGGCGCGGAGCGACGAGGAGGAGGGGAGGAAAAGAGAGGAGGAGGCGAGGAGGAAGGCAGAGGAGAGGCUGAGGGAAACUGUGGCGAUGAUGGAAAGGGUGACGGAUGCUCUGGCGGGCAGGGAGAAGGAGUGCGAGGAGCUAAGUAACGAGCUUACUCAGCUAAGAAAGUCUCUUAGCAGUGCUCAGGAGGAGGUUGCGAGGUUGAUGGGCGAAGUGGAUAGGUUGGAGGAUGAGUUGGGAAGGGAGAGGGAGGAGGCGGAGGAGAAACUGCAGAAGGUGAAGGAGGAGAGGGAAGAGAUGGAGGGCUUUAAGUCUGCAAAAAUAGCGGAGGUGGAAGAGAUGCUGGCUAUAGUAGAAACGGAUCUGGCUGUAGCGAGGCGGAGGGUGGAAGAGCUUGAGAGGGAGAAAGGGGAGGUGGAGGGGGGGAGGGAGGAGGGGGAGAGGAGAGUGAGGGAGUUGGAGGAGGAGAUGGGUAGGUUGAGAGAGGAGGGGAGGGUAUUGGGGUUGGAGCUGGAGAGAGUGAGGGCGGAAGUGAGGGAGUGGAGGGAAGUGGCAGAGGAAAAGGGGAGGGACUUGGAAGAAGUAAGGAGGGAGGUUGAGGAGGCGAGAGGGGAGAGGGAGGAGAGAGAGAGGGUGAUGGUGGGGCUGGAGGGGAGAGUGAGGGAGUUACAGGUGGAGGUGGAGGAGGAGAGGAGGAGGCGGGAGGAGGAGGAGGGGAGGAGAGAAGAGGAGGAGAGGAGGAAGGAGGAGGAAGGGAGGGCGGUGGAAGUGGAAGCAGAGAAAGAAGUUGAAGAGACACGGAAACAGGUAGUGGAGAAAGAGGAGCGGUUGAGAGCGGUAGAGGGGCAGUUGAAGGAGGUGCAGUCACAGCUGGAAGCAGCUGAAGGCCGGUUGGUGGGGAUACAGGCAGAGAAGGAAGCUGCAGAGGAGAGAAUGCGAGGCUUGGAGACAGAGAGAGAUGUGAGAGAGGAGAGGGUGCGUGAGCUAGAAGGCGAGAAGGUGGCUUUGGAGAGGGAGGUAGAGGAGGAGAGAGAGAGGCGAGAGGAAGCAGAUAGGAAGCUGGUUGGAGUACAGAGGGAGUUGGAGGAAGAGAGGGAGGCCAGGAGAGGGCUGGAAGCUGAGCUGGAUGUUUUACGUUCUGAGCUGGCGAGUGGUUGUGAUGAGCUGGCGAGUGCUCGUGAUGAGCUAGUGAGUGUCCGUUCUGAGCUGGCACGGGCCAGUCGUGAGGAGCAGGUGGAAGAUGGGGUAGGAGGUAGUGGGGAGGAGCAGAGGAAGGAGGUAGAUGAGGGAGGAGGUAAUGGGGAGGAUCUGGAUGUGGUGGCUGUGCGAGAGAGGGUGAGGGAGCUGGAGGAGAGAGUGAGGGAGGAGGAGGAGAGAGUGAGGGAGGAGGAGGAGAGAGUGAGAGUGCAGGAGGAAAGAGUGAGGGAGAAGGAGGAGCGGGUGAGGGAGGAGGAAGAGAGAGUGAGGGAGCGGGAGGAGAAGUUGGAGGGGCAAAUAGCAGAGCUGCAGUUACAGGUGGAGAAGGAAAGGGAGCAAUGGCAUGUGGAGAAGGAGCAGCUAGAGGCGGAAAAAGAAAGAGCUUAUAACGAGGUUAAUGAGCAGAAAGAGCACGUAUCGCUACAGAAGUCUAAGAUUCUUGAGCUUGAGGCAGAGAGGGACGCGUUAACAGCAGAGAGAGACGCGUUAAGGGCAGAAAGGGUGGCACUCGUGGCAGCAGGGCAACAGGCACUGGCUGAGAAGCAAGGAUUGGAGGAGCAGCUAUCGGUGCUGGGGUGUCGGAUUGAGGAGCUGGAAGGAGAGAGGGACGCAUUGCAGGGUGAGAAGCAGGGUUGGGAAGAGCGGCUAUCGGUGCUGACAUGUCGGAUUGAGGAGUUGGAAGGAGAGAGGGACGCAUUGCAGGCUGAGAUUGGCCGGGUGGAGGGGGAGAAGGGGGGCUUAAAGGCAGCAGUGGCGCGCCUAGAAGGGGAGAAGGAGCGACUAGAAGAAGAGAAGGGUGGUUUACAGGCGGAGAAAGAGGGGGUUGAGAGGGAGGGAGAGCGAUUGAGAGGGGAGUUGGAAGAAGAGAGGAGGAGAGGGGAGAGACUGACGAAGGAAGCUGAGGAGAGGGAGAGGAAGGUAGAUGAGAUGAGGAGAGAGGUUGAGGGUAUGCGGGGUGAGGUUGGUGAAAUGAGGAGUGAGAGGGAAUGGGAGAGGAGGGAAAGGGAGAUGAGGGGUGGGGAGGACGGGGAUAAGGGCGAGAGGGAAAAGAGGCUAGAUCAAUUGGAGGUUGCAUUGCAAGAGAAGGAAGAGGAGAUAGAGAGCCUCAAGCGGGAGGUAAGGGAGAAAGAAGCAAGGGUUGAGGAGCUAAGAGCACAGGUUGAGGAGAGGGAAGGGGAGAUUGGCAAUCUGCGGCAGGGGGCUGCUGAGUGGGAUGGCGGGGUGGAGAAGUGGAGGAAAGAGGUGGAGGUGAGGGAUGAAGAGGUGGAGAGAUUACGAAGGGAAAUGGAGGGUAGGGAUGGAGAAGUGGAGAGGUUAAGAAGGGAGGUAGGGGAGAAGGAGGCGAUGGUGGCGUCGGUGGCAGCAGCACGGAGCAAGGCAGUGGAGAAGCUCAAGAUGAUGGUGGAGAAGCUUAAGGAGGUUCAGGCGCAGUCAGAGGCGGUGGUGCUUGAGGCAGAGGCGAGGCUGGAGGAGAAGGACCGGGAGAUGGAGGAGAGGUUGGGAGAGAAGGAGAGGGAAAUGACGGAUAUGCUACGAGAAAAAGACGCAGAGCUACAGCAGCUGCAGGAAAGGCUGCAACUGAGGGAGGCGCAACUGCGAGGGGUGGCAGGGUCUGCUGCAGCUGCUGCUGCUUCUGGUGCUGGCGCCGCGGCAGCUGCUGGUGCUGGUGCUACCACUACUGCUUCUGGUGGUGCUGGUCCUGGUGCCGCUGCUGGCACUGACAAGGGGCCUCCUGCUGCUGAGGCAGAAGUUGGUACUCAACCAGAGGAGCAGGCAGCGCAGAGUGAUGCUUCUUUGCCACAGCAGCCGCGGGCAGAUGGGGGUGCUGGUCUUCUUACUCCUCCCAGUGACGUGGCAGAGAGGGAUGCCGAGCUGCGCAAUGAGGUGGCAGCAGCGGGCGAGGCAGUGAGAGUGCUGGAAGGGAGACUGGAGGCGUCUCGGAGGGAGACAGAAGAACUGAAGCGCAAGGCCAGCAACCCACCAGGACCCCCCGCCACCUCCUCCUCGGCGUCCUCCCUGUUGCCGGUCACCACACAGAGGAAGGCCACACCCGGGGGAGGCGCGUCUGACACAUCAGCAGAGUACUUGCCUCUGCUGGCGCAGCAGCUCGCCACAUCAUCGUCCUCCUCGCUGGCGGCCCACACGGCACUGCGGAUUGCUGACUCGUAUCCCGAUGACGAAGUGCACGGGUUCAAGUCAAUCGUCAGCGCCUUCCGUUUCCUGCCUGCCUUCCUGCACCCAGCCGCCAAGGGCAUCGAUCGACUGUGUGUGGCGGGAGGGCAGUCGCUGAUGGCCCGGCCCAUGAUGCGGCUGCUGCUGGUGCUCUACUGGAUGGCCAUGCAUGCUGGCAUGCUUGCCAUGCUCGCCGCUCUCACUGUCUCUUGAGGCUGAACGCGUCUCAUCUGACAUACAUGUCACUGCAAUGUCCCAUGAUGCACCUGCUGCUGGUGCUCUACUGGAUGGCCAUGCACACCAGCGUGCUUUCCAUGCUCGACGCACUCACCAUUGCUUCCAGAUCUCCUUUCUGGCUGCAUGUGCAUGCAAUGCAACAGCACCGUUUACUGGAUCUUACCAUGCAGGUGUCAACCAGAUGUGCUACAUCAAACGAAAUCAACAGUUCUGCAUAGAACCUCCAUUCUUUAUACAGUUAUUCGAGUAGUGUAUUGUAUGCAAUGUGCACUGUAGGUUGCUACUUUACUGAUUAUGUGUCUGUUUAGACUCAACAUAGCAGCCAUUGCUCCCCUCACUUGGGCGAGAGUUCGCAAUUCCAUUGUUCCAACAGUGUGCUGUGCCGCUUUACAUCA